GUGACGCUGGCUGCGCCUUGGUGCUGAGCGGAGCGCUCACCUGCAGAUGAGAGAGCUCAGAGAAACUCGGGGCAGAGCUGCAGCACCACUCACGGAGGCGCAAGGAGGGACGUAACGAACACUCUGACCAAGACAGGCGGAAUUACACAAUUACUGGAGAAGAAUUACGAAUCGACCCUCUUUCUGGUUCCUCGUCCAGGCAGCCCUGGCUCGCUUGCUCGCCACGAUGAGAACUGACUUCGCUCUGGUCCUGACAGCAGCCCUUCUUCUUGACACAUUCUGGAGGAAUAAUGGGGAGCAUGCUUCCAAAGGUCCCUGCCGAGCUGGCUUCUCACAAAGCUUCUACUCUGUGCUGAUUUCAAGGGAUGUACUGCAAAGCCAGGGCAUACUUAAAGAUACCACAGUGUCAUCACAAAAAGUGAAGUUUGAUGACUGCAUGGGGAAUGAAGCAGUGGUUUUCCAAAGCAGUGACCCUGUGUUCAGCGUGCGGACAGACGGCUCCAUCUUUGCCAAGGGAGAGGGAGCCAGCCUGGAUGAACCGGUCCAGUUUAAACUGAAAGCAAGUGGUCCGCACACACAUGUCUGGGAGACUGUGGUCCAGCUGGCACUAAUUGAGCCACCCUCACCUCAGAAAAAUGAAAAUGAGGUCACAAAGGAAGAGGGGACAAUCACUGAAAGAAAAGAGAGGAAGGAGGCGUUCCAAGCACCACCUCCUAUCAUCAUGUUCUCAGGGUCCGGCCUAAACAGCUCUAAGGGUCUACGGAGACAGAAGAGGGACUGGGUGAUCCCACCAAUCAACGUGGCAGAAAAUUCUCGAGGACCGUUCCCUCAGAUGCUCGUCAGUAUUCGUUCAGACCAGGACCAGGAUAUCUCGAUCCGAUACAGCAUCACAGGCGUGGGAGCAGAUCAACCCCCCAAUGAGGUGUUCAAUAUCGACCCCGUGCUCGGAAAGAUGUUUGUCACCAAACCUCUUGAUCGAGAACAUCGCUCUUCUUACCAUUUACGAGCCCAUGCCGUGGAUAUGAACGGGAACCAGGUUGAGAACCCCAUCGAUCUGUACAUCUUUGUCAUAGACAUGAAUGACAACAGACCCGAGUUCAAAAACCAGGUCUACAACGGCUCUGUGGAUGAAGGCUCUAAACCAGGAACAUAUGUCAUGCACCUUUCAGCAUUUGAUGCUGAUGACAACACCACUGCCAACGGAAUGGUUCGCUAUCGAAUCCUGUCCCAGACACCGCACAGCCCCAUCCCGAACAUGUUCACCAUCAACAGUGAGACUGGAGACAUUGUGACAGUGGCACCUGGUCUUGACCGAGAGAAAGUGUCCCAGUAUACCAUCAUCGUGCAGGCCACAGACAUGGAAGGCAACCUGAACUUUGGCCUUUCCAACACAGCCACUGCCAUCAUCACUGUCACGGACAUCAAUGACAACCCUCCAAUGCUGACUUCUAGAACUUUUUCUGGUGAGGUCCCAGAGAACCGGGUGGAUGUUGUGGUGGCUAAUUUGACGGUGAUAGAUGCUGACCAACCGCACUCACCUAACUGGAAUGCCAUCUACAGGAUCAUCAGUGGAGACCCGUCUGGGCACUUCACCAUCCGCACUGACCCCGUCACCAACGAUGGCAUGGUCACCGUAGUAAAGCCUGUAGACUUUGAGAUGAACCGUGCCUUCAUGCUGACGGUGGUGGUGUCCAACCAAGCUCACCUAGCCAGCGGCAUCCAGUCCUCACUCCAGUCCACAGCUGGGGUUACCAUAUCUGUCCAGGAUGUCAAUGAACCCCCUUACUUCCCCACGAAUCCAAAACACAUCCGCUUCGAGGAGGGCGUCCCCGCUGGCACCAGCCUGACGACGUUCUCAGCCUCAGAUCCUGACCGACUACAGAUGCAGCAGACAAUCAGGUAUUCAAAGCUGAACGACCCUGCAGACUGGUUGUCCAUCAACAGAAGCAAUGGUCAGAUCAUCACCACAGCAAUGCUCGACCGGGAAUCUGUCUAUGUCAAAAACAAUAUAUAUGAAGCUACAUUCCUGGCAACAGACAAUGGCUCUCCUGCAGCCAGCGGCACAGGCACGCUGCAGAUCUAUCUGAUAGAUAUUAAUGACAACCCCCCGGCACUCAUACCCAAGGAGUCUCAGAUCUGUGAGCGGAUGAAUCGAAACGUCAAUGGCGUCAACAUCACUGCAGCUGAUGCCGACACAGACCCAAACGCUGGACCGUUUGUCUUCGAGCUGCCAAGCUUUCCCACCAGCAUUCGACGCAACUGGACGAUUUCUCGGAUCAGUGGCACAGGUGAUUAUGCCCGUUUAGGGCUGCGGUACCAGGUGUAUUUAGAGCCAGGGGUGUAUGAGGUCCCUAUAAUUGUGUCGGACUCUGGAAACCCUCCGUUGUCCAACAGAUCGGUCAUCAAAGUGAAGGUGUGUCCCUGCGAUGAAAACGGGGACUGCACCACCAUUGGGGCCGUGGCAGCCGCUGGCCUCGGUACCGGGGCCAUCAUCUCCAUCCUCAUCUGCAUCAUCAUUCUGCUCAGCAUGGUGCUGUUGUUUGUGGUGUGGAUCAAGCGCAGAGAGAAGGAGAGGCAGACCAAGCAGCUGCUUAUUGACCCUGAAGAUGAUGUCAGAGACAACAUCCUCAAAUACGAUGAAGAGGGAGGAGGAGAAGAGGACCAGGACUACGACCUGAGCCAGCUGCAGCAGCCUGACUCCUUGGAACACAUCAUCAGCAAGCCACCUGGUGUCCGCAGGGUGGACGAACGUCCCAUCAUCCCCGAAUCCCAGUACCCCAUCAGACCUGUCGUGCCCCACCCUGGAGACAUCGGGGACUUCAUCCACGAGGGCCUGCGAGCAGCAGACAACGACCCCACAGCUCCCCCGUAUGACUCCCUGCUGGUGUUUGACUAUGAGGGUAGCGGCUCUACCGCCGGCUCUGUCAGCUCCCUCAACUCCUCCAGCACGGGAGACCAGGACUAUGACUACCUCAACGACUGGGGCCCUCGUUUCAAGAAGCUGGCCGAUAUGUACGGAGGAGGGGAUGAUGAUUAAAUCUGCCCUGUCACACAUGCGCACACACACACACACCCUCGUCCCGUCAGCUGGCCUGCCAUGCUCUGUCCCUCUAACACGUGGGGCUAUUACACCCUUAUUGAACACACGUUAACAAUGACAUGUUCACACUGACCAACUGACUGACCAACCAACCAACCAACCAACCAACCAACCAACCAACCAAUCAAAUUACCCACCACAGAGGACCAGUGCCGUGAGUCAGUUUCGGGUGCUCUUCUCAACCGUCUCCUGCUCUAAGCCUGUCUGAGACUGAAACUGAAGCCCUGAAUUGCAGGCUUCUCACAGUUUGUAUCUUCACACUCUUGUGCUUUUCUUUCUCUUUCGGUUUUAUGCUAGAGCUUUAGUUUUUAGUGGUCAGAUUUUUUUUUUCCUUUAGUUUGUGUAGCUUUUCUUGUCAUCAGUAACCCCCCAAUUCAAGCCGUUCCCUAUUCCUGAGGGUUUUCACUUUUCCCUCGCUGUCAGCCCCCGCCUGCCUCUCUGCAGAAGCUUUAGGUUGAGCAGCUUGCUUUGUCUGAGGGGAACAAAAGAGAAAAAAACAAGAACAAGAACACAGAUAUGAAAGUCCUUCAUGCACAGAGGACCCUGGUUUAUUCUUUCUUCAACUUGAAUUACUUAGAACAGAAGCACUGUUGUUUAAAAAGUGCCUUCAGUGGUGCGUAUUUUAGCAGACUCCAGCUAACUCAGGAUUGGUUGCCAUUUUCUGGGCUUACAUGCCCCCAUAUGACCCCUGACCCUUUAACUCAGACCUACCCUUCUCAUCAUUUCUAUCGUCCUGCAGAGCUGUGGUGGCUGCAGGAUGUCAGUGCUGGUUUCAGAGCAGCACUGACUGGCUUACGUGGGCGCUUUAUGUAGACGUACUGUACAUAGGCCUACAGUGUGUCUGUAAGUUAUGGACAAAUCAUUAACUUUUCAAGUAAGGCAUAUCUGUGCUCCUAGAUCACAGCCAACUUGAAUGUGAUUAGUGAAAUCACAAAAAUACAUUGUGGGACUGUCUUAGAGAAGAAAUGCAUCGCGUGUCUUUGUUUAUUGUGGCUUCAAUAGCAGCUGUGUUUGUUUUGAGCUCUCAGUAUUUGCACCUAAAACUUGAUAAGGGUUGUUACUAAAUUUUGAAGAAUGUGAUGAGUGUGUUACCUCUGUAAUGUUGCUGUAUAUGAAGUACAAAUGAGGGUUAUUUAAGGAGACUUUGCCUUUAAUAUCAUUUAAGGUUUGCAUGUUUAUCCCUUCACCCAAAGGUAAUUGACAUGGCGCCAGUUAUUGUGUGGUAAAUGUGUCAAAGAAAACUGUAUAAACUGUACAAACGCGAGAGAAGAGAAAAUACAGGAUUACUUCAAAUGACUUUGAUAGCAUUACAUGCAGAGUUGUGAGCCCCAUCCUGAGUCUCCCUUUCUCUUAUUUUCUUUUACUUCUGUUGAUUCACUCUUGUUUCUCAGUAAACUUUUAAUAUACAAACUUUGGUGCUGGUCCCUGUCACAGAAACUGGGGGAACUGAUCCUCAGCCAGGGAUUUAGCGCCGUCACAAUCUGUCUCUCUUCAGGCGGCAUUUCAUUCAUCUGAAAUUUUCUCCUGAAAUGUUUGGCUGCAAGUUCAAGAGGUUUUGAAAAGAAGUUAGAGGAAGGGAAGGUCUGUUAUGAAGUUCUGCGCUUUAUCAAAGCAGACUUGCAAAACUAAAGCUUCAGUAAUAGCACAUUAGAAGGAAGACAUUUUGAAAGACAGUUUUGUUGUGACUUAAUGAAAAAGCAGCACUACCCAUGGGCUUUUGUAAUCACAUUUCAGCCCACUAGAACUGCAUGUAGUGAACUGAAAAAAAAGAGCUUUAGUCUUUGUAUUAAAUUAUUGAAAUAUGCAAAACAUUUCACAUAGGGACCAGGAGAUGCUGGUGAAUGAUACAAAGAUUUAAUCAUUCCUUAUCCAUUGAAAUACUCCGUCGCCAGUUUCAACUUGAUGUGGACGGACCAGAUUUUCUAUUAAUUAUGAAUAUGGUGAGUGCUUGGAGGAAAUCUCAGUAACGACAGUGUUCUUCAGAUGUGAUGAGAAGGAUCCUCCACUCUUUAUUUCCUUCUGCUUUUUUCAGAUGUCUUUCACCUUCUUAUGGUUCAUAUGAAUAGCUGUAGAUAAAAACAUCUUUAGUUUGUUUUCACAAACCGUAUUAAAAAUUGCAGUUCUACUUUCAGAGUAGAAGUAAAGGAAUGAACUUGAGAUGAGAUAUAAAAGGAAUAUAUUGCCUGUGUGAAUAACUGUCAUGCCAUAACAAAGACAUAAGGAUGAGAUUUGACCAUAAACAAGCGAAGGAAAGUCAGAGUAUUAUUGAUGUGGUUAACAGGGUAAGAAUCUUUUCAUUUGCAUUAAUAGAUAAAUGGGUGUAAAUUGCACUUUGCAGUGUUUAAGCUUACAGAGGCGAUCUUCAGGAUAGCUGUCAGCUAUCAAAGCAGACAUUAAAAAAAGGAGUGGUAUCCACAGCUUGCUGCUGGAUAAGGUUUCCAUCCUCGACCUACAGAAUAUCUUCACAAAAUAAACACAGCUGUUACUUUCUGCUAUCUGUGAUUAUUUCUUACAUAUAAAUGUUGUAUAUACAGAACAUUUUUAUACGUUUGGUAACAUGGGUUUUUUUUCUGUCUCUGUGUGGUCUUUGCAUCUUUCUUUCACUUCAGUUUUGUUUCAAAUGAAAUACUUGGCAUUGUAUAUUUCACCACAAGAAGCCAUGUGCAUUGAAGAGGAUCUGUAUGAUUCUAUAUGAGCUUACAGCCAUACUCACGUCGCUGUUCAAGUUUAGCUUCAUCACGCUAAAAAGGCUCCACUUCAAACCAACUUGUACAGUCUAUACUAGCACACACUCACUCCUCUAGGCCUUACUGUAUAUAUGUGAGUGUUCUAUAUUAUAUGAGCCCCUUUCAGCAUUGUUCUAAUUCAGCUGCAAGGCUCCAACAUUACUGAAGGCCAUCCGGUAUUCACACAAUAAAGACAUGCUUCAUUAAAAUGCUCAUGCUCUCUUAUCAGACAUUAACAACCAAUUCAGGGCCAAACAUAGCAGGAGGCCGCCCCACCCCACACACAGGCGCACACACUUUACACAAGGUAAAUGACCGAUUUAAAUGUGUCAUACAUACAUGACGCAAUGCCAUUAUGAUACUGAAUGUUAACAAUGACUCGCAAUGACACUCAGCAACAAAUCAUCAGUGGAGUUUUGACCUCCCAUUUAAAUGCAAUCUGUGAGGGGAAAUGAAGGAAGAUUGAUCAUUGCUUGUUAUAUACUUGGUCCACUUGUCUUAUUGACGUUCCCUUGCUAAAGCGAGGGAAGAAUUAGGAAAUGAUAAAUUGAAGGGAGAACUAUCACACUGCUGUAGUCCACCCCUGUCUUCUGGCUGUGCCAACUCUUGCCAGGCUCUUCUGCCUCUCUGACUGGUGUUAGUUAAAGGACACUUGGUCUCAUUCGUGGACACUGCCUGAACAUGGACACACACAUGACGGGAGGCUCCGGCAGGAGUCAAUUUUUUUGCUGUUCUAUGGCCAGAACUACAAAGACAGACAGGCAGCAGUGUUUCACAUGAGUUCACCCUAUAAGUCCAAGUGUACAUAAUGUAGUAUUUGCUUGAAGCUAAACAGACCAAGUUAGGCAAACUGUAACUGUACAAUUGGAGCUUUUUGCAUGUGUCUUUUUAUAAUGGACAGAUGAGUUCUAUUACAGUAACCAUACAACAUUUUAAAAUGUGUCGCAGCCCGCAUGAUCGAGGUUGCAUUCCAGAAGGGGAUUCUGGUGUACCAUACUCACAUAGUUUCAAAUGGAGGAGAGAAAAAAAAGCUGAAAAAAUAAUUGCACAGUUAUCGAGUCAAAAGACUUUUUUGUAAAUUGUCAACAGCACAAAUAUUUUGUAUUGUUGUUUGUACCAUUUUGUAAGAAAACGAAGAAAAAAAAGAAAAAAAAAGGGAAAGAAUCUGUUGUUUCGAGCGUGUGUUUAUAGUGCCACUGCAAUCUUGGUUUCCAAAUCCCGUACAGUAAAUGCGCAGCCUUGCAGAUCAACCUUGUAAUAUAGACGCUGAGCUGGUGACUCCCUGUCAGCAUCAUGUGUUAUAAAUAAAAUUUCCCCCUCCUUAUAAGA